AUGAUUAUUGUAUUGGUCUUUCAAAACAUAGAGUUCACAUCCUUUCCCAAGAUUGAUCCAUCGAAAUCUCCAACACCGGUGCCAUUGUCGUUGGAAACAGUUCUCGAAGCGAAUGGAGAGAGAAUUUUGAAACAAAAUGACCGAUACCAAGAGUUUGUGUCCGAAUAUAUGGAUAUUGAAGUUGAGGAAGAACAACUCGACGAGCAGGAACAAGGCCAGCCUGAAGAGAGUGCCGCAGAAAUUGAUCCACUGACGGCAAUGGUAAUGGAACAAGAAGCACACGAAUCUCGAAAGGCUGAAUUGUAUUUGAAAUAUAGAAAAGAGAAGGCUCGAAGAAACCGAGGCUUAGCAACCGAGACAAGAGUUGUGCAGGGUGAAACCGAUGGAGUCGAUGAGGCAACACUAAACAUCAUCGAUAAAGACUUGAACCGAUUGCCUCACCCAACAGAAAGUGGCCUAGGGCCAAACGCUCCAAACCGCACCCCAAAACAAGAAUCAAGAAUGGGCUGGUUGCGAGAGGUCCUAUACAUAUAUGCGAGGGAACACCCGCAGAUAGGCUACCGACAGGGGAUGCACGAGGUUGCAUCGUACAUCUUGUUUGUUCUGGAACUUGAAAAAAAGACGUACCCAGAUCACCCUCUUUUCAAUCCGAUGCUAAGCGUUUGUUUUGAUUUGCUGGAGCGUACAUUAGAACAGGUACAAACGGCGUAUGACGUUUCAGGCGAGGAAUCAUUGCAGAGAAUGUCAAAUUCAAUUUUGAACAAGAUUCACCAAAACGACCCCGAUCUGUUUCGACUCCUCUCAACGAAUCCAAACAUCCCACCUCCGCCAAUUUACUGUACUCGGUGGUUGCGCCUUCUCUUCUCAAGAGAAGUGGCCGGGUAUGAGAAUGUAUUUCGGCUUUGGGAUGUUUUCUUUGAGUUUAAUGUAAUGAAAGUCUUGGAGAUCACAUGCGCCAGCCGUAUUCUGCUGCUACGAGAUGCAUUGUUAAAUCCCUCAAGCAAUCCUCUUGAUCUAUUGAUGAAUGUCCCCCAGCUUUCUGAUAUCACGCCUUUGACCGAUAUGCUACGACUUCUGAUGGACCAACCAUAUCGAGACAUGCCUAAGUUUCCUGCUCCCACACUCGAUCCAUUUUCAACUCCACAACGGCGCACUGCGCCUCCAGUACAACGACACACAGGUCCUCCAGUUCAUGUGCCACCACCCCAACCAAUGGCGCAACCUUUCCAGUCUCAGCCCAUGACGCAAUCGCAAGAGUCAACUGAUUCUGCCGGGCGUUUGUUUUCUCACAUGGCACAAACACUUGGACAAAAGAGUGAGUCACUAAGGCAGAAAAUUGUCAGCGAAUGGAAGCAGCAGCAGACUCCGAAGGAAAUUCACGGUCAAUCUCAAGCCAACCACAUUUACUCUCCGGCGGCUUCGUUCAAACAACCAGUCUUCACCGACCCACUGUCCCAGCCUCAGCCUAGACAGACACCUAGUAUUACCUCCCCCAAGGAACGUCAACACGAAAUGUGGUCGAAAUUAUUGAGAGAAAAGAUAUGGACGGUUCAAGAUUAUUUGAUGAAAAUAGAAUCAAAAGAGACGGAAACAAAGGUUCCUGGUGAAAUAUGGGAAGCAUUGGUUGAACUUGACAAGAUGCAACGGGAAGUUCACAACUAUGCACAGAGUAUGAAAAAAUAG